UUCAAUUCCCAAAUUUAGAACUUCCGAAACAAAAUUACCAUGUUAUCCUUCUCCGAUCGGAGGCAAAAACGAAGACCCCUCCUCCCUCGGAAGGAUCACGGCGAUGGAACCCUCGUCGGCGCUUCGUUUUCCAGUGCCGUGUUUAACCUCUCCACCACCGUCGUCGGCGCCGGAGUUAUGGCACUUCCGGCCACCCUUAAACAACUAGGUAUGAUCCCUGGAUUGAUCGUAAUUAUCGGUGGCGCUAUGAUAACAGAGGCGUCGAUUGAUAUGAUUCUCCGUUUUAGCUAUCCGUCCAAAUCAAGAUCUUACUCCGGCCUCGUCGCCGAUGCCUUCGGAAGCGCCGGCCGUUCACUUCUUCAAGCAUGUAUAGUCAUUAAUAAUAUGGGUUUGCUGGUUGUUUACUUGAUUAUCAUAGGGGAUGUAAUGUCGGGUACUAGGAAUAUGAAUGGUGUUCAUCAUUCAGGUGUGAUUGAAGGAUGGGUUGGUCGUGAAACCUGGUUAGCUGAUCGGUUCAUUUUGCUACUUCUAACGACACUGUUUGUUUUUGCUCCUCUUAUAUCCUUAAAGCGUGUCGAUUCACUUCGAUACACAUCGGCUUUGUCGGUCGGGUUAGCAUUUGUAUUUGUGAUGAUCAUAGCUGGUGUGGCUAUCAUUAAACUUAUAGAAGGAACCAUUCAAAUGCCACGGUUAUUUCCAACAUUAGUUGAUCAGUCAUCCUUCUGGAAUCUUUUCACUUGUGUUCCUGUAUUAGUCACUGCCUAUAUUUGUCACCAUAACGUUCAUCCGAUUGCGAAUGAAUUGAGAGAACCUACUCAAAUGAAGUCGAUAGUGCGAUCCUCUUUAGGUUUGUGUUUGUGUGUUUAUCUUUUGACUAGCUUCUUCGGGUUCCUGUUAUUCGGGGAUCAGACACAAGACGAUGUGCUGGCGAAUUUCGAUGCUAAUCUUGGUAUACCGUAUAGUUCUUUGUUAGAUGAUGUGGUGAGGGUGAGUUAUUGUGCUCACCUUAUGUUGGUUUUUCCUAUUGUGUUCUUCUCGCUUCGUCUCAACUUAGACGGGCUGUUGUUUCCAUAUGCUGCGAUUCCUAUAGCAAAGGAUAACAGAAGAUUCGCUGCGGUUACUCUAGCCUUGAUGUGUUUCAUAUUUCUUGGUGCUAAUUUGGUUCCUACAAUAUGGGAUGCCUUUCAAUUUACUGGUGCAACAACUGCUGUUGCUGUUGGAUUCAUUUUUCCUGCUGCAAUUGCUCUAAGGGACAUACAUGGGAUUGCUACAAAGAAAGACAGGAUGAUUUCAUGGGUGAUGAUUGUUUUGGCAAUUUCAUCAAGCACCAUUGCAAUAUUUAGUGAUGUUUAUAGUAUUUUUAGACAUAGCAAUGGAUCACUUGCAGAGGAAUUUAAGAUUGAUCUCAUUAGGGAUUUUAAUAUCUCGUAGACAUGUUUUCUUUGAUCCAAUGUAGAAGAAGAGAUUGGAAUAAAUGAAAUUAAAAUUCAAUUUUGU